AUGAUUGCCUAUAUUACUUUAGAGAAAGUAAACAUUCCUCGUUCUAUCAGCUAUAUAUUUGUUGAAAUCACAGAUCCUACCUACCUACCUCUCCCGCACCAAGUUGUGAUUGCCCGAUCAACACUACCAGGCGCUGGACAUGGUGUGUUCGCCACAUCCAAAAUUAAGCCCGGUACAGAGAUGGGACCCUAUGUGGGGACUAUACUGCACCAUGGGGAUCUUAACAGUGACACGGAUAACACAAAAACAUGGGAGGUAUUCGACAAGGACGGGCGUGUGUUGUAUUUCCUUGACGGCGGGACAAGGAACCCGGCUAGCUGGCUUACCUUUGUCCAAUGUGCCCGAUCAGAACUCGAACAGAACCUAGAGGUGGUCCAAGCAGGCAUGGACAUAUAUUACCGUGCUUUAAGGGAUAUUGAACCAGAGGAGGAAUUACUUGUUUGGUACGGCCGGUCUCAAAACCUAUAUAUGGGUAUACCAGACCCAGACUUGGAUGAUCCGAGCGGCAUACAAGGAAACAACAAAGCCGAGAGACGUUGUGAGGUUGAGGAAGUUGACGCCACGACAGGAAAACUUCGCUGUGUGCUAUGUAGACGAGGGUUUAAUUCUAGAAGUAACCUCCGGUCGCAUAUGCGCAUUCACACCCUUGAGAAACCAUUCACGUGCAGAUUUUGUAACAGACGGUUCAGCCAGUCUUCGACGCUACGGAAUCACGUUCGAUUACAUACAGGUGAGAAGCCCUACCGAUGUCAGAUUUGUACUAACUCUUACUCACAGUUGGCUGGUCUGCGUGCACACCAGCGGAGCGCACGGCACAGACCAAGUGCAUCCUAGAGUGUCGAUAGGUGUGAACCAGUAGCAAUGUUCAACAAGCGAACUACUCCCAGAGUAUGGAUAUGUCGUAAAUACGUCAGUACGUUCAGCAAAAGGGAAUUUGCAUGCAUUUCAAUGCAAACUAGCAGGAA